AUGGAUUGCAGUGACGCGCGUGGCACCCAGAGCUCCGCAGACCUAGCAGAGGAGGAUGCAACCGCGUAUGCUGAAUCCUCGGACUUCUCAAACUCCCAGUUCUCGAACGCCCUGAGCGCUGCCUUGCGGCAGUUCAAUGGUGAGCCGCCUCGAACCGGUACUACCAGCGCUGGAUCUUCUAGUGGCGUGGACGUGUUUCCGCUGCUGGAGGUUCCAGAUGGGCAUCAGAACCAGGCCCAGGAUGCCGCUUCCGAGCUUGGGGACAUCACGACUGUAAUGGUCAAGAACGUACCAGUGAAGUGUGGCCAACGCCGGUUACUUCGCCAAUUCUUGGCAGCGGGCUUUCAGGGCAAGCUGGACUUCAUCUAUCUACCCAUGGACCCGCGCAGCCGGUCCAGCCGUGGCUUCGCCUUUGUGAACUUAACAAGCGUGGAGUCCGCGCAUCAGUUUUACCGCACCUUUCAUGGACGCUUCCUCAAGAAUUACCCAUCGGAAAUUCCUUUGGAGGUGGCGGUCGCAGAGAUUCAAGGCUUUGACGCAAAUGCAGAGCAUUAUCUGCUGGUCAAGGCCAGCCGCAAGGGGAAGGGCCGGGAUGUCUUUGGCUGCCCGACAUUCUUGCGCCCCCUGCAGAGGCACUUGGUGAACCACCUACGAACAUUGGAGGAGCCCAAGCAGCCCAAGAGCAAGAGCUCAGAACGAGAAGAGGCCAGCAUCGCUGGCAGCCAAGACGGUCAAGAGUCGCCCUGGCAGCUGCGGGGUAGUCAGCAAGUACCUGCACAGUACCCCAUGAGGCAGACAGCCGUCCCUCAAUUUGGACAGCCGCCGUAUCUUCGGCACGAGUUGCCUGCAAGUGGAAGCCCGGUGAGGCCUCCUGUCGGCCUGGCGCCCACAGCCGAGCAGCUCUUGGCGCGGCUGGCCUCAAAGCACAUGACCCCGAACUGUGCGAACGGUGCGGUCAUAGGACCACCCCUGCAAGGGGGCUUGCUGGGGAUCGACGUCACAACAUUUUUGUUCUUCGUGAUCGUUGCAGAUGCCUUGGGCACCUUUUACAUCUGUGCCAUGGACCCAUGCGGCCCACUCUGCCGGAUGGGUCCCUGCUUCGUCAUGACGAAAUCUGCAGGAUACUGCACGGGCCACCCCGAUGCCUUGGGCACCUUUUACAUCUGUGCCAUGGACCCAUGCGUGAAGACCCGCUUGAGUUUCCGAGCGAAGACGCACAGGCGUGAAGACGCGGAUCUUGAAAGGCAGACGCGAAGCGGCGAAGACACGAAGAUGUCCACGGCGUCGGCGGCCAUCAAGCAACAAAUGGCGUCAGUCACCGGCAUCGCCGGAAACCACGGUGUCGACUUUGUCAACGGCUGGCGCGGGUGA